AUGCAUCGACUCCCAUGCAUUAAGUUGCGACGAUUUCCUAAUAUUUUUCAAAAUUUUCGCGUUGUCCCAAUCGACAUUGUGUUUCCCCGCGUGUGGAAGCGGUACGUCGAUGAUGUUUUUGCCAUCGUAGAAGAACGUCAUUUAGAACAAACACUAGAGCUGCUAAAUACUCGACAUCCGACGAUCAAAUUCACCGUAGAACAGGAAGUGGAUAAAAAACUUCCCUUCCUAGAUUUGAUCAUAUCUAGGAAACCUGACAACUCGCUAAAAUUUGGCAUCUACCGGAAACCAACAUCCACGGACCGGUACAUCACUUCGGACUCUAACCAUUGUGGAGCCCAAAAACAAGCGGCUUUUCACUCCAUGGCCCAUCGCCUUGUUAGUGUACCGAUGGAGAAAGAUGAGUACAUGAUAGAGAAGGAAAAAAUUAAAAAAGCGGCCAAGUUAAACGGAUAUGACGAAGAUUUUGUGGAAAAAAUUAUCCGCACACACGAACGGAAACAACACAAACGCGAAGUCACCACUCUGCAACCAGAAAAAGAAAAUUUAGAGAGGAUCAGCAUGCCAUUCUACGCAAAAGUUACAAACCGGAUCAAAAACGCCCUUAAAAGGCACGGCUACCACGUAACUCACAAAAGUGAAAACAGACUACGUGAUCUUUUGUGUAACGCGAAAAAUAAAAUUCCGUCUAAUGAGAAGUCUGGAAUCUACAAAAUUGAAUGCCAGGAUUGUGCAGCUGUGUACAUUGGCCAAACACGGCGCAAGUUCAAAGUUCGUUUAAAAGUGCAUAAGAAAGCUGUUGCCAACAAACGAGCCAACGAGUCAAGUGUGGCAAGUCAUGCUAUCUCCCUCCAACACAAUGUCGAUUGGGACAACGCGAAAAUUUUGAAAAAUAUUAGGAAAUCGUCGCAACUUAAUGCAUGGGAGUCGAUGCAUAUCAUGACAUCGGAACAGCCGCUUAUGAACGAGGAUGAUGCUCCCAUACUAUCGCCUCUCUUCCACCUCACCAAACUGAAAUUGUAA